CUGUCCAUACCACUGCCUUUUGCUACUCUGCAUGGCAUUGCCCAUUCUGGUGGAUGGCCAUGAGCAACUCUGCCCUCAGCUGAAGACUUUAACUGGAUACCUGCAAACAACCUGCAACAACAUCUGGUCGCUUUACUGUGUGCUUACAUUCUCACUGGCUUCUGAAGAAUACAUCAGUUCAUCAUGAUGGAGUACUAUGAAGCACUGGGCCUCCCCCACAAUGCUUCUUUAGAUGCUAUUAAAAAAGCGUACAGAAAGAAAGCGCUGAAGUGGCACCCAGAUAAAAACCCAGACAACAAGCAAUAUGCAGAACAGAGAUUCAAGGAGAUUGCAGAAGCAUAUGAAGUGCUUUCAGAUAAGAACAAACGUGAUAUCUAUGAUCACUAUGGAAAGGAUGGGCUUAUAGGAAGAGCCAGACCUGAAGGUUCUAGGACCAACACGGGGGGUGUCCCUGCAUAUAUGUUUCAUUUCCGCAGUGCCCAUGAUGUCUUCAGGGACUUCUUUGGGGGACACGACCCCUUUUUUGGGGAGCCGAUGCCUUUCAGUGCUUGUGCCAGUGGAGGAAAAGGGUUUCGUUUCUACUCAUCAUCAACUAACUUCAUUAAUGGGAAACAAAUCACCACCAAAAGAAUUGUUGAGGAUGGACAGGAACGAGUGGAAGUUGAAGAGAAUGGGGAACUUAAAUCUGUUACUGUUAAUGGUGUGCCUGCUGAUAAGGCAUCCAUUAGGGAAGAAAUACAUCACAGGGUUCAUGGUGAGCCCAUCAGGUACAGGUCAGCACCAGUGUUCAGUUUCCAUGAUGAAUAUGAUUCUGAUUCCAUCUAUGAGGUGCGUACCGUGAGGAAACUAUUCCCUACUAAAAAAAAUAAGAGCUACAAAGCAGCAGACGAGUCUCCUACAGAGGACAAUGAUUCUCACACAGACAGCGAGUCACACCAAGAAGAUGACGGGUUCCAGACUGAGGAUGAUGAAUCCGGUAUAGAUGAGAUCUAGCAACAUGCUGCAUAUGAAUUACAUCCCAUGUAUUGGUGGCAAGUCAGGAGGAAUGUGUGGUGUGCCUGCUAUGAUGAAUACAAUUAAGACACUUUUGAGGAGAAGGCAUCAGCCAGUAGACAACAAUAUGGAACUAGGCACCUGUGGUUUGGAAAAGUCUGGCUACCAAAAAGUGCGUCAUUGCAACCAAGGAGGAGAGGAGAAUACAACAUCAAAUGCUGAACGCAGCCCCCUAGACAGGAA